UCAUCGCCGCCAGCGCCAACGCCACGGCCGAGUCGCAGCAGAACUGCUUCUACCUCACCGUCAUGUACGCCGCCGGCAUCUCCAGCGCCGAGGGACCCACCUCCCCCACCGCCGCCCAUUGCAUCCUCGGCCUCGGCCUGUCCACCCCUCCCUCCCAGCGCUCCAAGUCCAACAACGCAGCCAUCUACGCCACCACCAUCCCAAUCGCCUUCAUCCUCGCCCUGUCGGCCCUCGCAUUCUUUGUCUGGAGAAAGACAAGGCACGCCAAGAAGAAGAAGAGGAACCACACCAUCCCUGAGGAGGGGUCGGAGGACCGGCGUCCGCACCUAAGGCCCAACACCGGCUCAAUACUCUUCGACAUCGCCGAGCUGUCCAAGGGGACGGACAACUUCGCGGACCGAAACCUCAUCGGCCGCGGUGGGUUCGGAGUUGUCUACCGCGGCGUGCUCGCGGAUGGGUCUGUGGUUGCUGUCAAGAAGAUGCUCAACCCAGAAAUGGACGGCGGUGACGAGGAGUUCACCAACGAGGUGGAGAUCAUCAGCCACCUCCGGCACCGGAACCUGGUGCCGCUGCGUGGCUGUUGCAUUGUCGACGACGACAUAGAGGAAGGUAAGCAGAUGUUCCUGGUGUACGACUUCAUGCCCAAUGGAUCGCUCGAGGAGUUCAUCUUCCAGGACAGAGUAGGAAGCAGCAAGCGGGCGGCAUUGACAUGGGCACAACGCCGGAACAUAAUAAUGGAUGUGGCAAAGGGGCUGGAAUAUCUGCAUUAUGGUGUCAAGCCUGCGAUCUAUCACAGGGACAUCAAGGCGACCAACAUAUUGCUCGACAAUGAGAUGCGGGCACGCGUGGCGGACUUCGGGCUAGCCAGGAGGAGCCGAGAAGGGCAGUCUCACCUCACGACGCGGGUUGCCGGCACACAUGGCUACCUGGCGCCGGAGUACGCGCUCUAUGGACAAUUGACAGAGAAGAGCGACGUCUAUAGCUUCGGCGUUCUGGUGCUUGAGAUAUUGAGCGGGCGGCAUGUGCUUGACAUGACGGCUUCGAAUGGGCCAGUGCUGAUCACCGACUGGGCGUGGACGCUCAUCAAGGCUGGCCAGUCAAGGGAGGUGCUCGACGAUGCACUGUCGACGUGCGAGAGCCCAAGAGGUGAUGCCAUCGAAAGGUUUGUUCUUGUUGGAAUCCUGUGCGCUCAUGUGAUGGUCGCGCUCCGACCGACCAUCACAGAGGCGGUGAAGAUGCUUGAGGGGGACAUGGACAUACCAGAGAUACCAGAUCGGCCGCUGCCAUUUGGGCACAACUUUUUGAUGUUCAGCGAAGCUGGGAGCAACUUCAGCGCUUCCCCGGCUAUCAGCGGCCCUUUAAUGGAUAAUGGGGACAUGCUUAGGUGAUGUAAUUCUUGUGUUUGUUCUGGUCAACUGAAGUUCAGAGUUGUGUGUCAUUACCUCUUGAUUGUAUUGACUUUCUGAAUGAGGCAUUCAAAUGCCCAAAAUGGCAUUCACAUCAAACUUUGUUA